AUGGCCUUCUCCCCUCAGCACCUCAAAGUCCUCCCCAGCGUCUUGCGCUACUGUCUAAUGCGCUCCGGCACUACGUUGCACCAGGUCUUGACGAUACUACGCCACAGAUUGGGGCGUCUUUUGCGUCGUCUUCUACAGGCACCUGUGGCGAAGUCACCUCCGCAACCUUCCAGCUCGUCAUUCGAAUGUGGCCCUAUCAUGCCUCGCGCGUGUAUGGUAGUCGAACAAGACGUGGACCCCGCUGUAGCUCAGACGCAGGAAUCAGAUGGAGAUAUAUACAGAGAGAGGAUACCCAUCGUCGUUACACGGCCCGAGGGUACGGUGGAGCACGUAUUACCGGAGGGGAUGGAAGAGUACAUUAUGCCUCCCCCGGACAUCAAACCUAACUUUGUCGUGUUACCACGCCCGCCUCCUACGAAGGAGCCGUACGAGCAGAAGAGGAUUCAAACUUCGGCCGGCCGUUCAUACGUCGGCGACUUCUAUCUCCCGCCAGGGGCGGAAGACUUCCCUUUCGACAAGUUUCCGCCUGUCCCUCCUGCCAUGGAGCCCUGGAGAAGAGAGUUUACCGAGAUGACGCCUUGGGAGGCGUUGCGUUUACGACAUCAAGAACAUAUCGUGAGAGGUUACCCUCCUUGUCCUGUCUUUCCUGGUGCCGUCGAGGAGAAUGGACACAUCCCCGCUGCCUUCGAAGAGGGGGUCGAACUAGCCGAUUGGACAGCCGUCACGCAUCCCGACGGCACCCUUUACUUCUACAACGAGCGCUUGAGUCUGGUGACAGAAUGUUACAUCGUGUACAAGAACUUCCGCCAAGAGAUAGAGCACAUCGCUGCAUACAUCGAGCACUGCAGAGAGCAUAUCGUGGGACUCGAGCACCCAUCUGACGACUGGGAACUCGUGGUACAGUCACAACUCGACAAGAAAGAUCGAAUCAUCGAAUGGGCGUAUUACUACGUCGAUCACACACAUCGUCGCCUUUACUGGAUUCGCCCCUACCUCGUCGGUCUGAAGCACUAUGCGUCAUUUGGCUUCUCCUCCCCUGAUCAUAAUGAUAUGCAGCUAGAACAGCUAUACUGGGAACACGUCCGUCUGUACCCUCGCGUGUAUGAAGGGAUCCGCCGGUUUCCUCCAGAUGCGUUGGAAUCGCUCAUCGCUGAUUUGACUUGGUGCGCUGUCGAGGCUGUAGUCGAUCCAGCAAGAUACACUGGUCCUUUCUCUGCGGAAGAGUCGAAGCAUCUACUCGAUCAAUUGAGUCGACUGUUGCCCGGCUUUGAGUGGCGCGUGGGAGCGGAUCGUUAUGUCGCCCUCGCAGCAAAGACGAAGUCGACGAUGUGUAGAUGGCGAUGGGACAACUUCCACGGCCAGCCCUUCGCCCGGACGUUCAAUCGCGGCAGCACUGUUCGCGCUCCGGAAGAAGACCGCCCCACGUGGCUCCUACGUCUUUCGUCGCCUUUACUAUUCUACGCUCCUAUCUCGCAACUUCAGGACAUCCUAGCCGUUUACGUCGAUGGGGCCAUGAACGCCCCUGACUGGAUCCGGCAUGUUCAACAACUACUUGCGGAGUGGCGAGAGUUCACACUAUAUGCAACCGUAUUGUUGGCGGCAAACGUGUCUUUCCUUGCCAUUCCAGAUGUGGUUUUGUUCCCAGACGACGAGAUCAACGUAGGAGGCGGCGCGUCCGUGCAGAGCUACGAGCACCCGUUGACGUCUCCUUCGGCAAUCUUGAGUAGCGUGUCAAUGCUCAUGAGCGUCGGGUGUAUCUUGCUGGGUUUGAUGCUUGUGCGGCAACACCGUGGAGAGACUCACCUAGAGAGCUACCGUUCGGAUAUGCGGCUUUUCAUGCAGGCGCGAUGGUCUAACAGAUACAAGUUUCAACCGCUCGCAAUCGUUUAUAGUUUGCCUUUCGCGCUUCUUAUGUGGUCAGUCGCUUUCUUUCUCACAGCCGUCAUGGUAUUCUUCCUCAAGGGCACCGAUUGGCCCACACGUUCGGCUGCGCUAUCGACUCUUCUCGUCAUCGGCGCAUUGUCUGCGUGGUGUAUUCAGAUGGGAUGGAGCACCUAUAGAUGGGACUCGCUCUAUGCGCCAAUAUGGCACACUGUGCCAGCAUGGCGCGUCUUCCUCACUAGGUACCUGGGCUGGUCAUCGGUGGAGAAGACGGCGCGGCGAAUCUCGAAGCUAUACCACGCAACCGCCACGGCCGUUCCCAGCGACCCGGAACCAUGA